AUGGCAUCCAACCGCAAAGCAUUUCAAGAAACUCUUUCAUUGCAGGAAUUAUUUGGAGAGGAUUUUCCCCCAGAUCCAAAAAAUAAGCUUUCUCCAAUAAGGGAAUUAAUAGAGCCUUCAACUGAAGCUGCAGGAAAGGAGCAAGAAGAUACAAGUAAACCUAAACCCAUGGUCUUGCUUGAUCGCGGCGACAAUAGCAGAGAUCGAUUUCGCAUAAUGCACCCCAUUGGAACAGCCUCAGGUGGGAGCUUACAGGUCUACAAAGCGGCCUACAUAGCCGAGCAUUCUGUCACAUACGCAUCCAUGGCGGUUCAAGAUGUCUUUGUUGCCGUGAAAUACGAAAGUAUGGAUCCAGAACCAGAUGUCUUCAGGAAUUUGAAAGCCCAAGUCGAAAAGAAUGGCCUAAUCCCUGAUCACGAAAACCUUAUGGGAAUCAGAAGUGUCUUCUUUUAUGAUGGAUAUAUGUGUGUUGUUUUCCCUUUGAUGGACCUGGGCUCGAUGAGGUCGAUAAUGGCUACUCAAUUUCCUGAUGGCAUGCCGGAAGAGUGUAUUCUUGUGGCUUUGAGAGAAGCCCUUAAAGGUCUUUCCUUCAUCCAUGCAAAGGGCCAUGUUCACAAAGAGAUCACUGCCGGCCACAUUUUCUUCAAUGGAAAACCUGAAAUUAAGCUGGCUUUUUCAGCGUCUGUGUUCGACCUCAAUGAAGAGCAGAAUGAGUCUUCUUCUUCAUCAUCGUUUCUGCCGGCAGUUUCUAUCUACGACUGGGCCACCGCGCCUGAGGUUCAUGAGUCUAAUCACAGUGAAUAUCCGCAAGCAGCUGAUAUAUGGUUGAUUGGGAUAACCGCCCUGGAAUUGGCCUACGGGGGGGUGAGGGUUAUGAACAGGGAAGCCCUGGUGGCCAUGGUGACAAAGAUAAACCUGAAAAAGAAGCUUCGCAAGAAAGUCAAGAAAGGCCGUGGGGUUGAUCUAAUUAAAACGGACAAAAUUGUGUGUUUGGAUCCCUCCUGGAUUGAUCCCAAGGUUCAGUUCAAGAAGAGGAAAUUCUCUAAAGGGUUUCAGAAUUUGGUGGUGAAAUGUCUGAAUUUGGACUCCACAAAGAGGCCAACUGCUGAUGAGCUGCUGCAGUACGAAAUCUUCACUAACUUGAACAUGAGUGUGUCUCUGUUUAAAGAUUUGUUGAUGAAUAAUAUCUGA